CCUUUCGUUGUUUCCUCAAGAUGGCGACGACAAACUUGACAGACCAAUCGAAAUUAUAAAAGAAAAUUUGGAAACGUAACGAAUUUCAGAAUUGUAUCCAUAAAUUGGCAAUAAUAUGAUAACGGAUAACGCGAUAAACGAAUGCGUUUGUCCGCGAUGCCUUCAUUCGACGUGUCCCCUCCCCAACGCGGAACCGCCGUACGAUGAAAUCACGCAAGAAAUAAACAAUAAUUUCAUAUCCGUCAAGGUGCCGAAAUGCAAAAGGAAAUUUGAGAAGGAGGACCAGGAACUGGAAGAAAAAUUGAGUUUUGACUUUAAUUGCGCCGAUGCCGAAGGUGAAAAAUGCAAAACUGGUUGCACCAAAGUUCACGUGAUACCGAACGAGUACGCCCCACUGAAAAAGCCCGAGGAAGAGAUGUUCUCGUUGAAGUCUAUAAGACACAUUAUACCCAACGGAUUGGAAAACACUGUCGAAAUCGAAUACAAGGGAGCACGAAAUUACAAUCCGUUGCCCGAACCCGGACCACCACCGCCCAUAAUUGUACCAAGGCAGCGUAUCAAGAAGAAGAAGGGCAAGGGUAAGAGCAAGUAAGAUUCGAGAGAAAUUGGCAAUUGUAUGGCCAAUGCAAAGUUUCAACGAUAUCUGUGGCUCAAUUUGUGGCGAAAGAAAGAAAGGGAGAGGAAGACAGAGAAGGACAGGUAAGGAAGAGUUCUGUUUGAUCGAUCAAGUAAGAUCGUCCCGCGACGCGACGCGAAACGAAAUAUUUGACGAUUAUUCGCGGUCUGGUUUUCAGGGAAAUAGCAGAGGGAAAUACGUUGGGCAGAAAAUCGGCCCUCUUUAGGGAUUUACGAGUGACACGGAACUAAAACGUUCGCCACUUUGUCGUAAACGCGGGGGCAGAACCAAGAGAGAGAGAGAGAGAGAGCGAGCGAAUAAUGGAACGAUAAAUCAUUGGCAUUAUAUUCUUGCGCAUCUUGGGGGAGAGAGAACGAUAAAUCAUAUCGCGCACCGAAGGCAUACGGACGCGUCGGUAUUAAACGUUCUCGGGGCCAUUGUCUUCCCACUCGGUAACAGGCGUCUUUUUAAAUCCUGCCUUACGUCCGAUUCCGUUUCAAUGAAUUCGUUACGUUCGCCCAACAUUCUCGACUUUCAGCUAGACUGGACGACACGGUACGCGUACAAGUUGAAAGCAAACGAUCGAAAAAAAAAAAAAAAAAGAAAA